AUGAUCCAACAGCUGUCCUCACGAUUGAUAUCACUUACAUUUACUUGCCGUGAGCUGGGACAGGGUGUUGAUGCCCUCUGUGACUGCUGUGACUCUGUGUCCUGCCCGAAGGUGUGUGCGUUGGCGGCGGCGGCGGCGACGACAGCGGCUCAGGGCACCGCCAGCGUAGCGGCGACUCCGGUGGGCGAGGAAGGGAAGGCGCAGGCAACCCGGAGAACAGUGUAUCUCUUCCCCGGCACCAAGACACUCACGACUCUUGAGGAGGUGAAGAUUGAGAGCACCACCUACGCCACCUGCCUCGCCACCCAGACUGACCUGGCGCCCUGCUCCGCCCUGGCCUCCGCCCGAUACUACGUGGCGACGCCCCUGGCCCUCGACCCCACUGCCGUGGCCGAGGCGGGAACACCCACGGACAUACACGACAGCGGCGACGCGGUGGAUACUAAGAACAGAGGCAUCGCGUUCAACAUCCCGGUGGUGCUGCCCUUCAAACAGGUGAUCGAGACCUUCACCAACGUCAUCGCCACCGCCACCGUCAAGCACCCGGACAUCACCGCCACCCUGCAAGUCGCCGGCUGCCAACCCCCGGAGCUGCCCGUGGAGGCUGACCCCUGCACCCCUGCCGAGGACACCACCACACCCCCACCCACGGACACCACGACAGCCCCAGCCACCGAACCCACCACAGCCCCAGUUACCGAUCCCACCACAAUCCCAGCCACCGAACCCACCACAGCCCCAGUUACCGAUCCCACCACAAUCCCAGCCACCGAACCCACCACAGCCCCAGUUACCGAUCCCACCACAGCCCCAGUCACCGAACCCACCACUGCCCCAUCCACCGAAGCCACCACAGCCGAAGCCACUGAAGCCACCACAGUCCCAGCCACAGAACCCACCACAGCCCCAGUCACUGAUCCCACCACAGCCGCAGCCACCGAUCCCACCACAAUCCCAGCCACCGAACCCACCACAGCCCCAGUUACCGAUCCCACCACAGCCGCAGCCACCGAUCCCACCACAAUCCCAGCCACCGAACCCACCACAGCCCCAGUUACCGAUCCCACCACAGCCCCAACCACCGAGCCCACCACAGCCCCAACCACCGAGCCCACCACAGCCCUACUCUAGGCAAGGUGACGACGAGGACCUGAUGCCCCACGUGGAGGAAGGCUCACUUGAUCCUCCGACGAUGACUGUCUCCGCCUCUUCUGCACCCUUCGAGACUAUACCCUUUACCCUUGUUGUGAGGACGCUGGCGAUGGCACGAGACGCGGG